UUGGACAAGCUGGUCAUCAUGGCAGGGACCGUUCUGCUGGCGUAUUAUUUCGAGUACACGGACACUUUCCCCGUACACGUCCAGGGAUUCUUCUGUUUCGACAAAGCCUACUCCAAGCCGUGCCCAGGACCAGAGGACAACAGCAAGGCGCCUCCCGUUCUCGUCUACUCCCUCGUCACUGCCAUCCCCACUGUGACGAUUCUGAUUGGAGAAGUGACCAGUUUCUUUGUAAAGACAGAAGGCGCUCAGGAGAAGACCAUAGUGACUGCUGACUGCUGUUAUUUCAACCCUCUCCUCCGUAGGAUAGUUCGCUUUUUGGGUGUUUACUCCUUUGGUCUUUUUACCACUACUAUUUUUGCCAACGCUGGACAAGUUGUGACAGGAAACCAGACACCUCAUUUCUUGUCCACCUGCAAGCCAAAUUACACAGCUCUGGGCUGCCAGUCUCCUCUGCAGUACAUCACAGAGCUCCGAGCCUGCACGGGGAACCCUUUCCUGGUGGUAUCCGCUCGCAAGUCCUUCCCCUCCAAAGAUGCGGCCCUCAGCUUUUAUUCGGCCAUCUACACAGUGAUGUAUGUGACCCUGAUGUUCCGGACCAAAGGAACCCGACUGAUGAAGCCCACCAUAUGCUUGGUGCUGCUCUCUCUGGCUGUGCUGGUGGGAGUAGUCAGGGUGACUGAACACAGAAACCAUUGGAAUGACAUCCUGGCUGGAUUUGUGACGGGAGGGGCCAUCGCUGCAUUCCUGGUGUCAUGUGUGAUUAACAACUUCAAGCCAACCCAGAUAGCAGGGCCUCAUCCGCAUCCACAUCCUCCACCUCCACCCCCACACUGUCAGCGUUCAGAGCCCUCAGUUGGACUGCCUUUGCUCAGCCUGCCCCGUGUGGAAAGCCCACUUGAAAAGCUCCAGGGUUACCGUAUUCUGAGAUCACAUGACCAUCAGCCAACCCCGUCCCCCGUCCCUCCAGAUGUGCUCCUCCCGCCAAGACGUUGCCUCACCAGCGCAGUCUAG